AUGGUGGAAGCCUUCAAUGGCAAUGUCCAUGCUAAAAGGGGUUAUAUACAUCUAGAGUAUCUAUCUCUAUGGCAUCAAAUAACUGCUACAGUUCAGUAAAGUGUUUAGAAAUGACUCCAGUUGAGGCUGUUUGUAUGAAUGGGUCGUUCAUACACUGCUCCAAAAAAUAAAGGGAACACUUAAACAACACAAUGUAACUCCAAGUCAAUCACACUUCUGUGAAAUCAAACUGUCCACUUAGGAAGCAACACUGAUUGACAAUACAUUUCACACGCUGUUGUGCAAAUGGAAUGGACAACAGGUGGAAAUUAUAGGCAAUUAGCAAGACACCCCCCAAUAAAGGACUGGUUUUGCAGGUGGUGACCACAGACCACUUCUCAGUUCCUAUGCUUCCUGGCUGAUGUUUUGGUCACUUUUGAAUGCUGGCGGUGCUUUCACUCUAGUGGUUGCAUGAGACGGAGUCUACAACCCACACAAGUGGCUCAGGUAGUGCAGCUCAUCCAGGAUGGCACAUCAAUGCGAGCUGUGGCAAGAAGGUUUGCUGUGUCUGUCAGCGUAGUGUCCAGAGCAUGGAGGCGCUACCAGGAGACAGGCCAGUACAUCAGGAGACGUGGAGGAGGCCGUAGGAGGGCAAUAACCCAGCAGCAGGACCGCUACCUCCGCCUUUGUGCAAGGAGGAGCAGGAGGAGCACUGCCAGAGCCCUGCAAAAUUACCUCCAGCAGGCCACAAAUGUGCAUGUGUCUGCUCAAACGGUCAGAAACAGACUCCAUGAGGGUGGUAUGAGGGCCCGACGUCCACAGGUGGGGGUUGUGCUUACAGCCCAACACCGUGCAGGACGUUUGGCAUUUGCCAGAGAACACCAAGAUUGGCAAAUUCGCCACUGGCGCCCUGUGCUCUUCACAGAUGAAAGCAGGUUCACACUGAGCACAUGUGACAGACGUGACAGAGUCUGGAGACGCCGUGGAGAACGUUCUGCUGCCUGCAACAUCCUCCAGCAUGACCGGUUUGGCGGUGGGUCAGUCAUGGUGUGGGGUGGUAUUUCUUUGGGUGGGCCGCACAGCCCUCCAUGUGCUCGCCAGAGGUAGCCUGACUGCCAUUAGGUACCGAGAUGAGAUCCUCAGACCCCUUGUGAGACCAUAUGCUGGUGCGGUUGGCCCUGGGUUCCUCCUAAUGCAAGACAAUGCUAGACCUCAUGUGGCUGGAGUGUGUCAGCAGUUCCUGCAAGAGGAAGGCAUUGAUGCUAUGGACUGGCCCGCCCGUUCCCCAGACCUGAAUCCAAUUGAGCACAUCCACCAACGCCACGUUGCACCACAGACUGUCCAGGAGUUGGCGGGUGUUUUAGUCCAGGACUGGGAGGAGAUCCCUCAGGAGACCAUCCGCCACCUCAUCAGGAGCAUGCCCAGGCGUUGUAGGGAGGUCAUACGGGCACGUGGAGGCCACACACACUGCUGAGCCUCAUUUUGACUUGUUUUAAUUACAUCAAAGUUGGAUCAGCCUGUAGUGUGGUUUUCCACUUUAAUUUUGAGGGUGACUCCAAAUCCAAUGGGUUGAUAAAUUUGAUUUCCAUUGAUAAUUUUUGUGUGAUUUUGUUGUCAGCACAUUCAACUAUGUAAAGAAAAAGUAUUUAAUAAGAUUAUUUCAUUCAUUCAGAUCUAGGAUGUGUUAUUUUAGUGUUCCCUUUAUUUUUUUGAGCAGUGUAUAUAUCAACCUGACUGAGGAUUGUCUGUAAAAUACACUGAACAAGCGGUUUGUUGAUGUUAAAGUUGUGAACUUGAGUGCCCCAGUAUGGGCAGGCAUAUGAUACGGACAAUGAAUACAAUUGCAUUUUAUCGGUGGUAAUUUGAAUGCACAGAGAUACGGUGACGAGAUCCUUUAGGGACAUUGUCGUGCCAUUCAUCCGCCGCCAUUACCUCAUGUUUCAACAUGAUAAUGCACGGCCCCACGUCGCAAGGAUCUAUGUCGCAAGGAUCUGUUCACAAUUCCUGGAAGCUGAAAAUGUCCCAGUUCUUCCACGGCCUGCAUACUCACCAGACAUGUCACUCUUUGAGCACAUUUGUGAUGCUCUGGAUCAUGUGUACGACAGUGUUCCAGUUCCGCCAAUAUCCAGCAACUUCCACAGCCAUUGAAAGGAGGGGAAACAUUCCAAACCACAAUCAACAGCCUGAUCACUCUUAUUUUAAGUAUUUUCAUUAGCUAAUUAACCGGUAAACCAGUUGAACAAGGUUUUCAUUCCACCCGCUGGCAAAAAAAAAAAGGCAUGGACAAAACAACAACCAGAUGUGAAAUAUGUGGGACAAACAAACAAUCAAAAUACAAAAAUACUAUAUAACUGUAUCAAAUUUAGCAAGUUAUGGGGUUAGGCAAUAAAUAGGCUAUAGUGCAAAAUUACAAUUGUUAACACUGGAUGAUAGAGGCAGAAUGAUGUGCAAAUAGGAUACUGGGUACAAUGAGCAAAUAAAUAACAAUGGGAUGAGGUAGUUGGGUGGGCUAAUUCAGAUGGGCUGUGUACAGGUGCAGUGAUCGGUAAGUGCUCUGACAACUGAUGCUUAAAGUUAGUGAGGGAGAUAAGAGUCUCCAGCUUCAGAGAUUUUUGCAAGGACAUACAUCUUGCUGCAUGAGGCAAAUAGUGGUCACACCAGAUACUGACUGGUUUUCUGAUCCACGCCCCUACUUAAAAAAAAAAAAAGGUAUCUGUGACCAACAGAUGCAUAUCUGUAUUCCCAGUCAUGUGAAAUCCAUAGAUUAGGGACUAAUGAAUUUAUUUCAAUUGACUGAAUUCCCUAUAUGAACUGUAACUCAGUAAAGUCUUUGAAAUUGUUGGAUGUUGCGUUUGUAACACGUUUCACCGACAAUGUUAAUGGCGUGCACUGGCGUAACACUAGCCGAUAAGCGGCAGCACAUACCUGUCACUCAGCUUGUUGGGCGACAUAGCCAAGCAUCUGAAGAAGACGAUUCUAUGCGGAAGUAGUGGCUUAUUGACUUUUCCCAGCUCAAUCGACUCUCGGUGAGAUUUUAGUCUCUUUUGCGACCAUUCUUACGCUAGUUACAGUCUCUUCUUUCCUAUUCGGUGCGUAGACUAGCUCGAUACGUGUUGUGUGUUACAUUUAAAGAUGAAUGGUUAUAAAUCCACGCAGAUAGCUCUUGAACUGUUAGGCUAAACCAUUUUCAGAUCAGGAUAAACCAGGCUUCAGAAAAGAGUUGCAAUGCAAACAGUUUUAUUAUAGAAUAUCGCUAUUUGAUUUAACUAAAUGAUUAUCCCAUAAUUGGUCUAUGCGUGGUCGGUUUCAAUGUACUUUAACAUUCAGCCCAUCAGUUUAGGUGCAGUCAGUCGUUUUUCCGGUAGCGAUGCUAUUUUUUACAAAAUUCAUGCACUCUUGGAAGAUAGAAAUUGCAGGAGGAUUUGCCUCAGGUUUCAUAAAGCUCUUAUUCUAAUGGAUUUGACAGCAUGUUCAACUCCAUUGCUACAAGCACAUACCGGACCCAGUAUUGGGGUAUCUAGUUUAUAUGCAAAUUUCACCAACACGACCAUAGUCAGCUUUUAAGGUGUUAUUUUAUCAAUGUUUUAUGUAUUAAGUAAAACAUGUUCACUGUCUGUUCCACAGCAUCCUUUUAAGGGCAUAUUCCUUGGAUCAAGGCACAAUACCAUGACUGAACUCUGGCAGAAUGCCAUGGACCAUGCUGUGGCUCUGGCCAGGAAAGCAGGAUCGGUGAGUGUGUGUGUGUCUUUCUGUCUGUCUGUCUGUCUGAGCGUGUGGUGGUGCUGCUUGUCUUGUGGUUUUCUUCACUGAACUUUUGGCUUCACACAGAAGUUUUCAGUAUUCAACCCUGUAUCUAUCUGCUGCAGCUUGUAAGGGAUGCCAUACAGAACGACAUGAAGGUUAUGUUGAAGAGUUCUUCUGUGGACCUGGUGACCAAAACUGACCAAAAGGUGGAGCAACUCAUUAUAGACUCUGUGAAGGAGAAAUUCCCCACACACAGGUACAAUAACUUACUGUGGCUUUGCUUCUAUGAAGACAUAUCCUGGAACACAGACAUACAGACACACACACACACACUGGCACACUUCUAAUAGCCUAUGAAAAGGAGAAGGAUUUUUACAGUUAUAUUAAAGAACCUCCUGAUCAGUAUCUGUUGCUACCAAGUGUUCAAUCAGACAUUAUAAAGGUGAUAUUAUACAUGGUGUUUCUAAAUGAUGCAGAUUUUAUAAAGGUGCAUGGUGUUUCUAAAUGAUGCAGACUAUAUCACAAAUGACAUAACUUCGGCGAUGUCAUUUACAAAAUAGCCUCCGACACUCUACUCUGCAAAUUGGAUGUAGUCUAAUCACAGUGCCAUCCGUUUUGUCACCAAAGCCCCAUAUACUACCCACCAUUGUGACCUGUACGCUCUCGUUGGCUGGCCCUCACUACAUAUUCGUCGCCAAACCCACUGGCUCCAGGUCAUCUAUAAAUCACUUCUAGGCAAAUCCCCGCCCUUAUCUUAGCUAAUUGGUCACCAUAGCAACACCCACCCGCAGUCUGCGCUCCAGCAGGUAUAUCUCACUGGUCAUCCCCAAAGCCAACACAUCCUUUGGCCGCCAUUCCUUCCAGUUCUCUGCUGCCAAUGACUGGAACGAACUGCAAAAAUCUCUGAAGCUGGAGACACUUAUCUCCCUCACUAACUUUAAGCAUCAGUUGUCAGAGCAGCUUACCGAUCACUGCACCUGUACACAGCCCAUCUGAAAUUAGCCCACCCAACUACCUCAUCCCCAUAUUGUUAUUUAUUUUGCUCAUUUGCACCCCAGUAUCUCUAUUUGCACAUCAUCUUCUGCACAUCUAUCACUCCAGUGUUAAUACUAAAUUGUAAUUAUUUUGCACUAUGGCCUAUUUAUUGCCUUACCUCCAUAACUUAUUACAUUUGCAAACACUGUAUAUAGAUUUUCUAUUGUGUUAUUGACUGUAUAUUUUGUUUACCCCAUAUGUAACUCUGUUUGUUGUUGUUUUUAUCGCACUGCUUUGCUUUAUCUUGGCCAGGUCGCAGUUGUAAAUGAGAACUUGUUCUCAACUGGUUUACCUGGUUAAAUAAAGGUGGAAAUUUUUUUUUUGGGGGAGAUAGUUAAUGGAGAUAGUUUAAUAGGUAGGGUAACAGAGAGGUGUAAUCUGGACAUUUUGUUACAGAAAUUUUAAAUGAGCGUUUCAGAUUGUCCCUCUCUGUUUCAGUCCGUUUCCUUCCGUUUAGUGCCUUAAUGACUGUACACACAGAGAGCUGAAAACACUAGCGAAGCCGCCUACCAAUCUCGCAACCUCCGGCUUUACAUAGAAACCAAUGGAGGCGACAGUGAGAGACGGCUUUACAUAGAAACCAAUGGAGGCGACUGCUCGAGCCGGCUUUACAUAGAAACCAAUGGAGGCGACUGCUCGAGCCGGCUUUACAUAGAAACCAAUGGAGGCGACUGCUCGAGCCGGCUUUACAUAGAAACCAAUGGAGGCGACUGCUAGAGACGGCUUUACAUAGAAACCAAUGGAGGCGACUGCUCGAGCCGGCUUUACAUAGAAACCAAUGGAGGCGACUGCUCGAGCCGGCUUUACAUAGAAACCAAUGGAGGCGACUGCUCGAGCCGGCUUUACAUAGAAACCAAUGGAGGCGACUGCUCGAGCCGGCUUUACAUAGAAACCAAUGGAGGCGACUGCUCGAGCCGGCUUUACAUAGAAACCAAUGGAGGCGACUGCUCGAGCCGGCUUUACAUAGAAACCAAUGGAGGCGACUGCUCGAGCCGGCUUUACAUAGAAACCAAUGGAGGCGACUGCUCGAGCCGGCUUUACAUAGAAACCAAUGGUGGUUGCGUUUUCUUUUCCUGUGUGUAAGCGGCUUUAUGAUCAUGACCUUGUUCUCCUUGUGUUGCAGUUUCAUAGGCGAGGAGUCGGUGGCUGCUGGAGAGCCCUGUGUUCUAACUGACAACCCAACCUGGAUUGUUGAUCCGGUAGACGGGACCACUAACUUUGUACACGGGUAAAUUGUUGUUUAUUUUCUCAGAAUGUGGUAACCACUUUGUGUCGAUAAAGAUCUUGUCAAACACUUGAUUUCCAUUUACCAGCUUACUGUAGCAUAGAUUAUCCGAUGUAACCCUGUAUUUCUAAAAUCCAUGGCUCCCACAGAUAUCCAUUUGUUGCGGUGUCUAUUGGCUUUGCCGUCAACAAAAAGGCAAGUUUUCCUAUGAAUCAUUCAGGGUUUUUACUUAGCUCAGAGAACUCAUGAGACGUUUCGUUCUUCAUACUUCGUUUAAAAUCAUGACGUUUUUGCAACAGAAUUAUUGUUGACAACAGUGCUCUUGACAAUUCAGGUCAUUUAAAACCGAACUUUUUGUCCUAGCAUUCUGUGUUUCAUAAAUUUGAAAUUGUUUAAUAGUCAACUGACCAGGAAGAUCAUCUAUGUUUAAUCCAGUAUAAUCUUGGAGAUCAGUAAUCUACAUUUAUCACAAGUCAUUAAAGUGGCUGUACAAAAUCUAAAAUGUUACUGAAUUUAGAUUUCUCCUUGGUUUUUUGAAUUGUGGCUUGAUUGUGUCACCCUGACCUCCUUCACGGUGGAUAUGGGUAGUGAAUCCCUGUUCAGAUUUGCCCACUGCAACACACAUUCUCUCUGUUUCCCUCAGCUGGAGUUUGGAGUGGUGUACAGUUGCAUAGAAGACAAGAUGUAUACGGCCAGGACAGGGCAGGGAGCCUUCUGCAAUGGACAGCCCCUUCAUGUGUCGGACCAGAAAGGUGCGGUAGUUAGUUCAACCAGUUCAUCUUCAGUGCUGUAUCACACCAAUAUUACUCUCUCUCUCUCUGAAUUCACCACUAAUCAUAUUCUCCUUUACUAUAGGUCAGUGUUCCCCCCAAUCCCAACCAAGCUUUUAUUUGGUCAGAAGCCGCAUAUUUACAUUUCCGUACUCCAUUUGUGCUGAGUUCAGAUUUUUAAAUUCUAGUCCUGCAUUUAAACUAGUAUUUCGUUUUUUGUUAACAUAAGCAUUACAUUUCAUAAGUAUUACAAUUCAUAAUCAUUGCAAUUCAUAAUCAUUGCAAUUCAUUAGCAUUACAAUUCAUUAGCAUUACAAUUCAUAAGCAUUACAAUUCAUAAGCAUUUGCAACAUCUUUAGUACUUAACACACAUUUAUAAGCCUUUAUACAUAUACUCAUUCAAUUCUGACCUACUGCCCUCCUCACACUACCCUGCUAACCUUCCCUCCCUGUCUAUCCAAUAAACCUGAAAUAAGAAUGUCACUGAAGUGCUGAACUUUCUCAUUGCAGAAAUCACUCAGUCUAUCAUUGCUACUGAGUUUGGUUCCAACAGAGACACGGAGGUGGUUGACAAAAUCUUCUCCAGCAUGAGGAAGAUCCUGUGUUUACCCAUCCACGGGUAAGAAUGCCCUGGCCCCGUUUAGAAUGGCAUCCACGGGUAAGAAUGCCCUGGCCCCGUUUAGAAUGGCAUCCACGGGUAAGAAUGCCCUGGCCCCGUUUAGAAUGGCAUCCACGGUUAAGAAUGCCCAUGGCCCCGUUUAGAAUGGCAUCCACGGGUAAGAAUGCCCUGGCCCCGUUUAGAAUGGCAUCCCGGGUAAGAAUGCCCUGGCCCCGUUUAGAAUGGCAUCCACGGUUAAGAAUGCCCAGGCCCCGUUUAGAAUGGCAUCCACGGUUAAGAAUGCCCAGGCCCCGUUUAGAAUGGCAUCCAUGGUUAAGAAUGCCCUGGCCCCGUUUAGAAUGGCAUCCAUUGUUAAGAAUGCCCAGGCCCCGUUUAGAAUGGCAUCCACGGGUAAGAAUGCCCAGGCCCCGUUUAGAAUGGCAUCCACGGGUAAGAAUGCCCUGGCCCCGUUUAGAAUGGCAUCCACGGGUAAGAAUGCCUGGCCACGUUUAGAAUGGCAUCCACAUUCCGAAUGGCAUACUUCCAUACUACUUAGUAGGCAUUGCGUGGAGACCAAGUAUGUAAUAGUUUGCUUGAAAGACUAGGAUGGCAUACUACAUUAGCUGAGAAAUGAGUAUGGGACCACUGCAUACUAUUCAGGAAGUUGUUUUUCCACGUUUGGUAUCCCAGAAUGUAUCCUAUUGCUAGCGGAAACCUUCGUGCCAUCAGAUAAGACACUGCUCUGUGUGGGUAACUUGGUCACAAUAACCCUAACUGGCGCCUGGAAAAGCCUUGUGCUAGCAAAUGUCUUAUCCAAUAAGAAAUGCUAGUUUCAGGUGUCCGUUAUGGUAAUGAACACAACCUCUCUCUCUUGUCUUAUCUUGCCAGGAUUCGAGGUGUGGGAACAGCGGCUACCAACAUGUGUCUGGUGGCGUCGGGCUGCGUGGAGGCCUACUAUGAGAUAGGGAUGCACUGCUGGGACAUCGCUGCCGGGGCCGUUAUAGUCACAGAGGCAGGCGGCGUCCUCAUGGAUGUAGAUGGUACGUCACUGUAUAUCCCAGAUAGCACACAGACCUCCGCCCCAACACAGGCACCAUUGUAUACGUGAUACCUCGGGAAGACGCAGCGUAGACGUCAGUUUGGCGAGACGUCUUGCGGAUGUGUUUUAGAAUUGGCCUACUUUCUAAAUUGUACAGAUCUACACUGUUUUUCCAUCGGCCAGGCGUCAACGUUCUGUUAUGAUGUCUCGGCAGCGACGUCUUCUCAAAAUGCAAAUCCGUACUACGUAUUCCCAGCACAUUUUGAUACGUCGGUUUGCGUGUUGACUAGUAUAAUGUGGUCCUCUGUAGCUCAGCUGGUAGAGCACGGCGCUUGUAACGCCAAGGUAGUGGGUUCGAUCCCCGGGACUACACAUACACAAAAAUGUAUGCACGCAUGACUGUAAGUCGCUUUGGAUAAAAGCGUCUGCUAAAUGGCAUAUUAUUAUUAUUAUUAUUAUUAUAUUAAAAUGGUGGUCCUGUGUGGCGCUAACAACAUCAAGGUUGUGGGUUCAAUUCCCGCAUGGGAUGGAGCACUUAAAUAUACUAAAGACAUAUGCACUUACUGUACUGUGUGAAAGUAUCUGCUGAGUGGCAUUAAUUACAGUGUGUAUAGUACUAUUAUGUACAAUAGCACUCCAGAUCCAAUCACAGAUCAGCAAUUAGUCCUCAAUAACAAUUGAUUACCCAGAUGCUGAGAUUUGAUCCGUUUGUAAAAAAAAAUGAAAAGUAUUUUUGUAAUUCAGCAGUUGUUUUUCCAUUAACAGUAGUUUUACUUUCAUUAUCAGUAGUUAAUAAGAAUAAGUUUCUUUACAGCUAUAAAAAUGACAACAUGAAUUGUUUUAAUGUUCUAGGUGGACCGUUGGACCUCAUGUCCAGAAGGGUGGUUGCUGCAAAUAACAAGAUGAUCGCUGAAAGGAUUGUCAAAGAGAUUGACGCGUUUACCCCUCUGCGAGAUGAUGCACCUAUAGAGACAAAAGAUUGAACAAGGAAAAUAGCAAUGUUUUUUUGUCAUAUUCUUAGAAAUAAAAUGUGUUUUGUAAGCUUUAUUUAUUUUUCGAAUGAUAACUCUGCUCUUGAACAAUUCUCGUAAUUUAAAGCCAAACUUUUGGUCCUAGCAUUCUGUGUUUCAUAAAUUUGAAUUUGUUCAUUUUUAAAUAUUAUAAUUGUUUAAUGGUCUACUGAUCAGGAAGAUAAUCUAUGUAAUCCUGGAGAUCAGUAGUGUAUAUGCAUCACCAUUCAUUAAAGUACU